ACUGCCCUAGGGACCUGCUUUCAGGGGUUCCUCACAGUUUAACCUGGGCCUCAGCAUGUUCAAAGCUGCCAAUUGAAAAGUUUCCGAUCCUUUUCCAUCGUUCUCCAUUUACUUCCCUCCCACCCACAGCGGAGCAGACAUAUUUGCGCCUCAAGGCUCGCUUCCCCUAGCAGACCUUUGUUCUCUUUUUACUUCUUCAGGUGGCCUUUUGACUCUUUUCGCCAUUCUUUUCUUCUCAUCGCAAGUGUCCUCGUGCUGAAAUCACAAAUCGCAAAAAUGGCCGGCCUCAGUCCCCAAAUAAUUAACCUGGUCAUCAUCUUCGGAAUGAUGCAGGUAUCGAAGAAGAUUCCCUUCGACGAUCCGACGGUUCUUAACGGCGUCCGAGCCCUGUACAUUGGCAGCAACCUGAUCAUUGCCGCCAUCUACGGCUACGUCCUGUUACAGAUCAAUAAGAAGAAGGAUCUGACAACCCUCAAAUAUGUUGAGCCUGCACCCAUGGGAUCCUCCGAAGAGGGCAAGCUCGUGACCACGACAGUCCAUGCGUACGAUACGCAGCAAGCCAAGGCUUCCUUCCGAUCACAGCUCAUGGGCAUCGGCAUGAUGUGCUUCAUGCACCUCUACAUGAAAUACACGAACCCCCUUCUGAUCCAGUCUAUCAUUCCUCUUAAGAGCGCGUUCGAGGCCAACCUCGUCCAGAUCCACUUGUUCGGCAAGCCCGCUAGUGGCGAUCUCAAGCGUCCCUUCAAGGCCGCUGCCGGAUUGAUGAGUGGCCUACAGAGCGGUGCUGCACAGAGCGAUAAGAAGGCUGUUGAGGCUGCCGAGCGUGCCGGUCGCGGAGGUGUCAAGGACGAGUAGAUUCAAUUGUGGUUUAGGAUCAAAUCGAAUAUUGUAUUACGGGCCUACAUACAACAUCAUUGCGAUAGGUCUUGAUCAUGAGCGCGGAUAAUUAGAUAAUAAUACUACAUUUGGCCUUUACGCCAUUUAGCAUUCA